AUGUCUCCUAAGCCUUACAGACUCGUUCGAAAAUGUGAAGUUACAGCAAUCCUCAUUCUGUAUGGUUACCCAAAUCUUAUUCCAGAAGUCGAAGCAGGGAUCUGCCCAGUGCUAUCUCACAUGUGGUUAGAUUCAGAGAUCAAUGCAGGAUCUGGUAGCAAUGCAGCUUCUGCCUCGACCUCAGCAGCAUCCUCGUCUGGCUCUUCGAAGAAAGGGAAGAGAUCUGAAUUUGAGAAAAAACUUGGUCAGUAUUUCAUACAGCGGAUAGAAUCAGGCAGUUCUGCUGUUUACGGACACAGUUUCAGGGAAGCCAACAAGGCGGUGCUCAGAUACGGGCUGAGGAGAACACUCGAUCACAUUCGCCUGACAGGGAGGUUUCCUUGUUAA